UGUGAAGGUUUUGUAGCGACAGGUUGAGGAUGGAGAAAGCAUACCUGGACAAACUUGAGAAGGUGUUAUCUCACCUGUCUCAUCAGAAGUCUCUACGCCUGGAUGACACAUGUCUACAGAAACUGUUAGACAACAUACGAAAUCUCCGUAAGAACACACCUGAAACGAAAAGUAAUGAUGGCUGCCUCUCAGACAUGGACAUAUUCCAGCGCUUUCUUGAUGAUGUAGAUGUGACACAAGAAGGAGUGGAUGAAAGUGUAAAGGUAUUUGCAGUCCGCUUGUUUGGGAUUAUCGGGGAAGAUGAGGAGGCUUUUAAACACUUCCUAAGUUCAGGACUCGUGACCAGGUUUUAUGGAGGACUGAGCAGCAAACUGAUGUGUCAAGACCUUUCUGUUCUAAGUGCUGUGUUUGUUUGUCUAAGAGGCUUGUUAAGCCACAAAUUAGGUUUAACCUGGUUCCUUCAGACAGCUAGCGAUUUUUGCCACAUUGCAUUUGAUGUCUUGAAAUCUGGAAAGAGCCUGUUCGUAAUUUCAUCUGCACAGGAAUUUAUCACAGAGCUGUGGGGCAGAGCAAAGAACUUAGCGUUAUCAGAAGAAACUGUCUCAGAAUCAAAUACAGUACUGAAGCAAAUACAUCAGGAGCUUUGGACCAUGAUUGAAGCUCCAGUAAAAGAUUCUAUAAUGAUAGCUUCACUUGGGGAUGAGUCUAGUGUCUCGCCAGACCAAGGUUGUCUGUCGGCUUUAGAAGUCUUAAAACAGAUCUACGAGAGAACGGAAGAUGGUUUUCAUUUGGAGAGAGAAAAGUUUGAUGUCUUGAUGAAGUGUCUGUUACACAAGCCAUCCAGUGCCAUGGUUAUUGUAGAUAUUGUCCAGCAGUGGUAUAGCAACACUGAGGGACCAGUUGCUGAUGACUUGGAGAAGACCAUAAUCUCUAUUGUACACAGGCUACUGGAUGAGAAACGAGUAGACACAGCGCUAACCAUGGCACAAACAUUUUGUUUCAGGUUUUCACCAGGUAACAGGGAAUGGUUACAAGAGUUGUCUCUUCUGCCUAUCCAGGGUGUGAUGUGUACACAAUUGUCUAACUUCCCUCAUGGUCAGGUAGUCCUGUCUCACAUGCAGGGAAGGAGAUCCUUCACACAGGCCCUCUCCGCUGCCAUUACAUGUGCUGCUCAGGUUGAUGACAAGGCUAUGUCUGCAGUCAUCUGUGAUAUUGUGAAGAUAUUACACAAUACUUUAAACAGGUGUUUGUCCAGUCAUGCUUUAGUGGUAAAACAGCUUCAGCAGAAUACUGUCUUACAGAGGAUUGCCUUGGAAACUAUCAAGCAUUUCAUAGAUAGAAGAAGAGCUAGUGGAAUAUUUGACUUAAAUUUGGUAACACAGAUUAGCAAAUGUCUUCUAGAAGUCACAGAAGAUUCCCAGACACCUGUUCAGAUACUUAUGGUGCUUUUCAGGACCUGGACUUCUUUACUUAACCUGUAUUGUGGGCACGAACCAGAUGUGAAAGCUCCUGCUGACACAAAAGGGCACAAUUUUGCCAGUCACACGAAGGGGGAUAACUCUGAUGGCAGUUCUUGCGCUAACAGUGGCUGUGAUUCCACAAAUGUAACCAUGGAUAGCGUGUUGGACAGCUUGUCAUUUUGUGUGGAGAAGAAGAUGUGUGACUUACAAUGGGAGAUUAGAGACACAGCUGUGGAGUUCCUAACUGGAUUGAUGAACUCAGAAGGAGGGUGUGGUAUGGAGCAAUGGAUCCUGUCCAACAGGUUACACAUCAGCCUGUGGCAGUGUGUGAGGGACCAGGAGAGCUAUGUCCGAGCCUCCGCACUGAAGUCUGUCAGCCCCAUGGUAGAGUCACGCUCUCUCUGGCAGGGUUUACAGCAGCACAUUCCUACAACCGAGCUUGUGAGGAGGGUGGUGGACAUUGUGAGGAAUGACUCUGAGGCCUUCCCCCGCAGAGCUGGUGUUGACCUCCUAUCUGUGUUAUUCAGUCAUGUGUCACCGGUCAACCACGGGGUCAUACUGACCACAUUGCAGCUGGCUGUCACUAAGGACUUUGACUGGGAUGUGCAGGUCAAAGCUUUGAAUUUCUGGGAGAAAUUUGUGGAGCAAGAAAUGAAGGGUAUGCUGCACAACACGGAGGCUGAUGGACAUCUGCCAAAUUAUGCAGCAGGUUUAGGAGGCAUUCAGACCGGUCAGAAGCGUAAAUCUCCAGAUGAAGCAUGUGUCGUCCAGUUACUAGAGAAAUUCCAGAAAACAGGUGUGUUAACUGUACUUCUGUCAGCGCUUCAGGAUUGUGACCAGAGCGUUGGUGAAAAGGCCUGUCAGAUCCUGAUUGCCAUGAAACACACUUUCACAGCUUCACUCAAUCAGGCCAUAAUUGAGAGUACAAAGAAACCUAAGUGUGAUCAGGACAUCACAGUUGUGGCAGAAACCGGAGGAAAUGGUACAAACACUUAUGUCUGUGCGCCAUCAGUUGAAACUUUUAUUUCUAUGUUGAAUGAUCAUGACCUACAUAAGAAGCUCUCAGUUAUUUCUCAAAGUUCUGAUGAGUAUAUGAGAAAUCCCAUGUCUUUGUUAGAGGACAUUCUUAAUUCUCUAAGUGAUGACCAAAAUGAAGACAAUAUCAUAGACUGUUACUGAUCUUCCGAAUCCA